ACCGAAGCCGAAUAGACGUGCCGACAAGUUCGAUAUCGGAGCUGGUGGUGAAUUAAUUUCGAGACAAGAUGCGUCCCACCGAAUUAAUCGUCCUGCUGUCCGUCGUGCUCGUCUCGACGAUCAUAAUCGAAGCGCAUCCCUUGGCCGAUCUGUUGGAGCAACAAAAUGUGCAGGAAGGGAGAACAGCCGUGGGGAAACAGGUCGCUGACUCGUCCUCCAGCCAAGAGGACAGCAGUAGCGAGGAGAAAAAGGGUAAGGCUAAGAGGGAGGCGGGGGACGUCGUGCAGAUUUUAACGGAGGAAGACGGAGAAGUGCCCGCGAGGUUGGAGAGAUCGGCCAAGAAGAAACGGAACAAGAACGACGACGACGACGACGACGACAGCAGCAGCAGCAGCAGCAGCAGUAGCAGUAGCAGCGAUUCUAGCGACGACGACGACGACGACGAUAAGAAGAGGUCGAGGAAGAAGAAGAAGAACGACGACGAUAGCGACGAUAGCGACGACGAUGAUUGCAAGAGGCGCAAGAAGUCCAAGAAGAAGGGCGGUUGCGACGAGGACAGCGAUGACGAUGACAGCGAUGACAAUGAUUGCGGGAGACGGAGAAAAUCGAAGGGAAAGUGCGGUUGCGACGAGGACAGCGAUGACGAUGACAGCGACGACAAUGAUUGCGGGAGACGCAGGAAGUCGAGGAAGAACGAGGAUGAUAGCGAUGACGAUGACAGGGGUGACAAUGAUUGCGGGAGGCGCAAGAAGAAGAAGAAGAAGGGCGACUGCAAUGGCAACGAUGACGACAAUGGCAACGACGAUGAUAAUGGCAAUGAUGACGACAAUGGCAACGAUAACAAUGGGAGCGACAAUGAUUGCAAAAAUAAAAUAGACCUAAGAAAGUACAAGAGGGACGUUGAUGGACAGGACGAUGAUUCAACGAGCAAAUCCUCUUCCGAAGAGAAGAAUAAACCGCAGCAGUUGUAACUGGUUAAACUUCUAUAAAAAAAAAAAAAAAAAAAAAGAA